GGGAAAACAAUCCAACACAUGGAGUAACUCUGAUCGGAGUGACACCGGAGAUAUCGACAAAACAGCUGGACUAACAGGAACAACGUUAAACUGCCGCCAUGCAGUUUGAUAUACGCCGGUUUGAUGUCUAUCGAAAAGUGCCUAAGGACUUGACACAGCCUACGUUAACGGGAGCUGUUAUUUCCAUCUCCAGUAUCUUGUUCAUCGCUUUCCUCUUUAUCUCGGAGCUACUGGUGUUCAUUAGUCCUGAUAUAGUAAGCGUGUUGUACGUUGAUGACCCAGUCCAGCAUUCACAGAAACUCCCCGUUUUUUUAAACAUAUCCUUGCCAAGAAUGAAAUGUGAAUAUUUAGGACUAGACAUUCAAGAUGAGAUGGGAAGACACGAGGUUGGCAUGUCAGAUGCAACAACAAAAGAACCCAUUUAUUCAGAUCAUAUUGAAGGCUGUCUUUUCCAAUCUCAUUUCAUGAUAAAUAAGGUGCCUGGUAACUUCCACAUCUCCACCCACUCGUCCGCCAGCCAGCCACAGCUCCCUGACAUGGCUCAUUACAUACAUGAGGUCAGGUUUGGUCAGAAGCCCGCAGCUAAGCUUGAUGUCAUCAAGGGGUCCUUCAACCCUCUCAAAGAUUCAGACAAAACAGCUUCAGAAGCUCAUGCCACUCAUGAUUACAUCGUAAGGAUAGUUCCUACAGUGUUCGAGGACAGUCGCAACAACAUGUACUUUCCUUUCCAGUAUACCUUUUCACACAGGGAUGUUAUACAGCAAGGUCAUGGUGGAAUUCGUAUGCCAGCCAUUUGGUUUCGGUAUCAGCUUAGUCCAAUAACAGCGAAGUAUCAUGAAAAGAGGAAACCGUUUUAUCAUUUCCUUACAACGGUUUGUGCCAUUAUUGGAGGUACCUUUACUGUAGCUGGAAUAAUAGAUUCUUGCAUAUUUACAGCAGCCGAAAUUUUCAAAAAAGCUGAAUUAGGGAAGUUAAGCUGAGGUUUUAGGUUUAUUAACAAAAUAAUUUUGAUAAAAAAAAAUAAAUAACAUGUAUGUACAAUGUUAUUCAUGAAUUUCAAAUAUUUUUAUCGCUUUGUAAACCAUUUGUUUGUUUUUAGUUUGUUUUUUAGAUUUUUUUCUGCUACUUGACGAUACAUGUACAUUCCUUUUUUUUAAAUUUUACACAUUUUCUGUUUCAUUUUUGGCUUAUUUUACAUUGAUAAUGGGCCAUUGGCCCACAGCCAGGGAUGAUUGGCUUAUAUGAUGCCCUUUCAGAACGCAUACUUCUAUUAAUUUUUGUACAGCAAUUUAGUUUAAAGGAUCUGUUUCAGGUGUGAGAUCUCAAUAGGCAUCAUUUAAGAAAGUUUGAAAAAUAAAAAUGAUAAGUUUCUUGAUGAAUACCAGCCACCAAAAGAGAUUAAAACAGUAUUGAUUGAAGGUUGUUUUGUCCAGCUCUCUUGUUACUAAUAUUAGAGUAAAACCUAAUAGUCUCUAAUAACACUUCAUAUUCCUCACCUCAGACUUGCUAUGUUUACUGUGUGUGUAUAAUGACACAUUCUAAGGAAACCAACCAGGUUUGUGUAAAUGAGUGUACCUAUGUUUGAUAGUCUUUUGAAAGGCUACUUUUUACUUAGUUUCUAAAUUUAAAAAGGCCAACAUGAAGAGGUAGUUUUAAUGAAAUUUGUAUUACAGUAGAAGAGAGGACCUCUUGUUUGUUGGCACAUGUAUGUACAUGUCAUUUUGGAAAUUUUCACUGAAAAUGCCUGAAUAGCGUGGUGCUGCAUCUAUUUUAAAUUGUAUUUUUUGAAAACUUAAGAUAGAUGUUGGCACAAAUAUAGAGUAGUAAUGCUUGUAAAGUGUUUGUUGUCCUGAAACGAUCAUCAGCAUCAUUAGCCAGUGUCAGGACUCAAGCAGAUUAUGCUGAGAGAAAGAAUAUGGGUUUUUUUUAUAGCAGAGGUCUAUUAUUCUACUUGUAGCAUUCAAAACCAUUGAUACAAUCAGACACUAUCUGUCAAAAAGAAAGGGCACAAGUUUGAACUCCUCUGUUGGGUUUUGUUAACUUUACAUCUUCACAUGUUUUAGAGCCACUUUUAUGCUGUAUUAGAAGGACAUAGGACAUUUUUUUUUUU